AUGUCGUCUACUGGAAUUGCUGUGGGCUUAAACAAGGGGUUUCCUGUUAACAAGAAGCAAGUAGCUCCUCGUCCUGCAUCUCGUAAGGGACGCGCGGGCAAGAAAACGAAACUUGUGCGUGAGAUUGUCCGUGAGGUGGUUGGUUUGAUGCCGUAUGAGAAACGUAUUCUUGAUAUGAUCAAGAGCGGUGGUUCAUCGGCUGAGAAGCGUAUCUACAAGUUUUCAAAGAAACGUCUUGGUACGCACCGUCGUGCUUUGCAAAAGCGUGAAGAAAUGAAGGCGUACUACGCUGCUCUUCGUGCUAAAGCUGCUCACCAUGCUUAG